CCACGAUGGACAUUGCACGGCUACUGGCGCCCGAUCAUGCGGACGCGCCCAUCCUUGAGCGGAGUGGCGUGUGGCUGCCCGAAGAAGAAGGCUACAUGCUCGCGCUCAUCGAGUGCUUCCUCACCGGCCUCCUCGCGACCGUCGAGGCGGGCACGUCGCUCAGGAGCUACGUGGCGGGCCAGCUCCACUGCGCACCGAUGCGCGUCUCCAAGAAGAUUGCAUCCUUGCCGUAUCCCAACUUGCGAAGCAUUGGCCGCUGCCACUUUGAGCCGCGCGCCGUCCGUGAUACAGACGUUGCGACGCUCCAGCGACUUGUGCACGCCGAGACGCUCUUCCAGCGGGCGGUCGAGCCGCUGACGCCGCGGCAUGUGGCGCCGGCCAUCGAUGAAAAGGUCGUUGCGAUUGCCAAGUGCGAAACGCGCGGCUUCUGGUUCCACUACGAGCAGCUGUAUGCUGCCAAGCUCAUCGAGUACUUUGUCCAAGGCGCGCUGGCCCUGCCACCCGGGACGACGCUGCGCGGGUUCCUCGCCGAGAAGCUCUGCUGCAGCCCCAUGCGCGUCUCCAAAAAGCUCGCGACGGGCUCGAUUGCGGGUCGAGCGAUUCCACGCCGGCUCGGCACGGCGGUGUUUGUGCCCCGGCUAGCGCUUUCCCGCGAGGCGACCGCGGCGAUGGACGCCGAGCUCGCGCAGUUGCGAAAAGAUUGCUUUGCCCACAAGACGCAGCACCGUCGCUGGAGCGCCUAGUCCUUUUCCAUGUCUUGCGGUGUGCUGCAGUCGUCGUCGUUUAGUUACCGAUAGCUAGUUUGAUUGAUUGUUACUCGAUGGGUGUUUGUCC